AUGGAUUCUGAAACAAUCGGUGCGAUAAGUAACGGAAUCAAAGAUCACCUUUCAGUCCAAUCCAACGGCUCUGAUUCUACUAGUCUCAGUCACAGGCAACCAUUCGUCAUAGGAGUUGCAGGAGGAACUGCAUCAGGCAAGACGACGGUUUGCAACAUGAUCAUCUCACAACUUCGUGAUCAACGCGUUGUUCUCGUUAAUCAAGAUUCGUUUUAUCGCUCACUCAACGAAGAACAAUUAAAGAAAGCUCAUGAAUACAAUUUUGAUCAUCCUGAUGCUUUCAAUACUGAGCUUUUGGUAUCCUGUAUGGAGAAAUUACAGAAGGGACAACCAGUUCGCAUUCCUAGCUAUGAUUUCAAGAGCCGUAGAAGCAUUGAACCAUUGUGUCUGGUCAAUCCCUCGGAUGUUAUCAUUUUAGAAGGAAUUCUCGUUCUGCACGAUUCUAAAGUUCGCAAUCUUAUGAACAUGAAGAUCUUUGUUGAUACAGAUUCUGAUGUGCGGCUUUCAAGACGAAUUCAACGGGAUACAGUUGAAAGAGGGAGGAAUAUUCAGAAUGUGCUUGAUCAAUAUGCUAGAUUUGUCAAGCCAAGUUUUGAAGAAUUCAUACUGCCAUCGAAAAAGUUUGCAGAUGUUAUCAUCCCCAGGGGAGGAGAUAAUGAUGUUGCAAUUGAUUUGAUAGUACAGCAUAUCCGGACCAAGCUCGGCCAGCAUGAUCUGUGCAAGAUAUAUCCAAAUAUUUUUGUUAUAUUUUCGACAUUUCAGAUUCGGGGAAUGCACACCCUUGUCCGUGAUGUCAAAACAACAAAGCAUGACUUUGUCUUCUAUGCAGAUCGAUUGAUUCGCUUGGUUGUGGAGCAUGGUUUAGGGCACCUUCCUUUCACAGAGAAACAGAUCAUUACACCCACAGGUUCUGUGUAUCCUGGAGUUGUGUUCUGUAAAAGGUUAUGUGGCGUCUCUGUAAUCAGAAGUGGAGAAAGCAUGGAGAAUGCGCUUAGAGCCUGCUGUAAGGGAAUCAAAAUUGGCAAAAUUCUCAUCCAUGGAGACGGAAACAAUGGGCGGCAGUUAAUUUAUGAGAAGCUUCCCGCAGACAUCUCGAGCCGCCAUGUUUUAUUGCUAGACCCUGUUCUGGCUUCAGGAAACUCUGCGGUGAAGGCUAUAUCUCUGCUCCUUAGUAAAGGCGUUCAAGAAACCAACAUCAUCUUUCUAAACCUUAUAGCAGCACCUGAAGGAAUUCAUACAGUCUGCAGGAAAUUCCCAAAGCUAAAAAUUGUGACAUCAGAGAUUGAUUCAUCUCUAGAUAGGAACUUCGGAGUGAUUCCAGGGAUGGGAGAAUUCGGGGAUCGCUACUUUGGCACAGAUUGAUGAUUUCGUUUCUAGGCCUUAGCCUAUCUGCUAGAUAAGAUUAAUGAGUUUGCUUCCAAGCUUAAGCCUUUCAGCUAGAUCAAUGCUACCACCUUAGAAGAAACUUAUAAGCUAUUGCCUUCGUCUGGCUAAUUUGUUUCAAAUCAGUCCAAUUCUGCCAAUACAUAAAACUCUAGCAUAAGUAGUAUAAUUAAUCGAGAUUUUUGACACUUCAGUGGCGUCAUCUGACUCCACUGCACUCCAUGUCGGUCCGCCUCUGGUUUUAGCUGAUCUCUUCAACUUUGAAAUGAUCGCAGGUGCUUCAAGAUCAUGGAUGACUCAAGCUCAAUGCUAAGUAGCAGAUCGUGGAUAAUCUGUCCAAGUUAAAACUCCAUAAUAAUUGACUGAAUUUUCUUGUUUGAUUACCAACAAUAAUCCGGUUGAUUUAGACCAUUGGUCUAUCUAAAUUUUCAACAAUAAGGUAUAGAAAGCUAUUACAGUUGAGAAGCAAAACCGCAACUGAAGAGCAUGCUAGGCUUGUUAUUCAUAUUGUUGAAGUACUCGAGACUUUGUGCUUGCUUUAAUUUUACUAGA